AUGGCCGCUCUAGCCAGUUCCCUUAUUCGCCAGCGCAGGGAGGUCAAGGACCCCCAGGCGAACCGGCAGGUUGCCAGCAAGCGCAAGCCCUGCCCAAAGAGCAACAAGUCGCUCUGCCAGAAGCAAAUCCUCAUAUUAAUAUCGAAAGUUCGACUAUGUGGCAGUCGAGGGAGAAAAAUGGAAAAAAGACCAGAGCCCCAGCUGAAGGGCAUCGUCACGCGGCUUUACUGCAGACACGGCUUCUACCUCCAGAUGCUGCCGGAUGGCACCAUGGAAGGCACAAAGGACGAAAGCAGCUCCUUCUUGCAGUUCAACUUGAUUCCUGUGGGGCUCAGGAUAGUGGCCAUCCAGAGCACCAAGACAGGGCUCUACGUUGCCAUGAACAGCGAGGGCUUCCUCUACACUUCGGAACACUUCACGCCGGAGUGUAAGUUUAAGGAGAGUGUGUUUGAGAACUACUACGUCACCUACUCAUCCAUCCUGUACAGGCAGACCCAGUCAGGCCGGGCGUGGUACAUCGGUAUCAACCGAGAUGGACAGGUCAUGAAAGGGAACCGUGUCAAGAAGACAAAGGGAGCUGCGCACUUCCUGCCCAAACUCAUUGAAGUGGCCAUGUACCGGGAGCCCUCUCUACAUGAUGUUGCUGAGCAGAGUCCGCCCAGGAAAACGCCUAAGACCUCCAGUGACUCACCAGUGCUUCAGAACGGCAAGAAGGACCCUAAAUCCAAAACCAAAACCCCCACUUCCUAGCGCUCAGAGACACUGGUGGGAGGAGGGGUGGAGGACACGCGGCACUGGGCACUAGCUAACGCCUGAACAGGGUUGUCAGGGGUACUCCCCACCUGCAACACUGACCCCACAAGUACUCUACGUACCACAAUGCACUGGUGUAAAGUCUGAGAAAAAGAAGCAGGUCCAGGGAGAGUGGAGCUGGCAAAUGGGAGGCCCAUUUUACCUUCACAGACACCCAUCCACACCAGCCCUCCACCUUCUUAUUAGAUUGUGAUGAUCAAAGCCUGGGAUAUAAAAGCAAUAACUCCAUGAAGAGGUGAACAUCAUUGUAUAGCAUGUCACCACAGCGUGUUUAUCUUGCUGGAAGGAAAUCCCACACACACCCUCGAGCCACCAUCGGCGACAUCCUUCCAGUCAACCAAAUAUCCGAAUAAAGUCUUCCUGGUUUUACCACAACGGGUGCAACGGUCAAAACGGUCCUUCUGCAGCACAUACUUUACAAAUGAGUUCUGUUUUCAUUUCCCCACAGGGUUCCAUGCUAAUGUUAGCCCGACACACAGCCAUGCUAAUGUGAGGCUAUCACAGAGCAGCCAUCUGCUCAGUCCACAUCUUCCGU